AUGGUCAACGCUCUGCUUUCGGCCUUGCUGGUCCUCCCUCUCGUCUCAGCCCUGCCCACUCCCCCAGGCAUUCCCUCCACCACUACCGCCAACUCGGAAUUGGCCAAGCUGACCGUCGCGGCGCAGGGGUCGGGCAGUGACUACGACCGGGACCUUUUCCCGCAUUGGAUCAGCCAGGGGAAUAACUGCAACACCCGGGAGGUCGUUCUGGCACGCGACGGCAAAAACGUAGAGCAGGACUCUUCUUGUGCCGCCGUCAGCGGAACCUGGGUUUCUGAUUACGAUGGCGAGACAUUCACUGAUGCCAGUGAUUUGGAUAUCGAUCAUAUCGUGCCGUUGUCGAAUGCUUGGAAGUCCGGCGCAUCCAAAUGGACUACCUCCCAGCGUCAAGCGUUCGCCAAUGACUUGACCAACCCUCAGCUGUUGCCUGUCUCUGCCAGCUCGAACCGCUCCAAGGGUGACAAGGGACCCGAGAGCUGGAAGCCUUCCUCGAGUACGACUUUUCUUUCCUUUCCCCCUUACAUUUGUCUUGGUAACCAUGGCGUGGCUAAUACAGCAUAG